UGCUCAGAGCGACUUCAAACCGGGAGCGCGUGCGACUAGCAGCUUUUAACAGCGAGCCGGCAGGAGGAUCUGCAAGGAGGAUCUGCAAGGAGGAUCUGAUGACUUUUAAACACUUGUGUUUUUGAACGCCAGUCUGCUACAAACCUCCUGUUCUGAGCAUCAACAUGCACGGAGUUGAGCUCCUGAAGAUCAGCUUAAUCAGUGGACCUGGUUUUUAAUAACCACAUUCAUGUUAAAAGCUCUAAAGAUGAAGCAUCUCUCAGCUCUGCUGGUUUUGUGCUUGCACAUGGUCAUAAGUGAGGCAGAGCCCAGUGCAGCAGUAGGCCCGCUAGGAUGGAGGGAAAACGAUAAGGAAAAGAGCAUUUCUCAGCAUGGUUCACACUCAGAUCUCCUCAAACCCCUGUGGCUUUUCUCACACCUGUCCUUAACCAGUGAAGCCCCCCAGCAGCUUGCAGUGCAAGACCUAUGGGCCUGGCUGUUUAAUCGCACAGAAGAGAGUGAACAGAGUCUGGCUAGAGCCAAGCGGCGGCCUAUUGUCAAGACGGGCAAAUUCAAGAAGAUGUUCGGUUGGGGAGACUUCCAUUCCCACAUUAAGACAGUCAAGCUCAACCUACUCAUCACAGGCAAGAUUGUUGACCAUGGCAACGGCACAUUCAGUGUCUACUUCCGUCACAACUCCACAGGCCUUGGCAACGUGUCGGUGAGCCUGGUGCCACCCUCCAAGGUUGUCGACUUUGAGAUCAGCCAACAGGAAACUCUGGACAUCCCCAAAGACACCAAGUCCUUCAACUGCAGAGUGGAGUACGAGAAGACUGACCGGAGCAAGAGGACAUCCUUUUGUACCCAUGACACAGGCAGGGUGUGCUUCCAGGAACAGACGCAGAGCCACGUCUCCUGGCUCUGCUCCAAGCCCUUUAAAGUCAUCUGCAUCUACAUUGACUUCUUCAGUGCUGACUACAAACUGCUGCAGAAAGUCUGCCCAGACUACAAUUACCACAGUGACAUGCCUUAUACUUCAAUGGGGUAGAGUUCCCGGAUUGCCAUGAGCUUAAAUGUCUGUGGAGUUGAAUUUCUGUCAUCACAGCCCACCUUUCCUUGUUACCUUCUUGUGAUGAGUGGGCAGAAGAAAGUAAACUACGCUGAAGGUACUGCUGUGAGCAAGCCUCACUGAAGGUUCAAGAUUAUUUUAAGGAAAAGAAUCUUAAAAAUCUGUAAAACAUUCAAAAACCUAACAUUUUGUCAUGAUUCACCUUUUGAUAAUGUUCCCUGUUUUGCAUGUUCUGACCAUUCUAAAAUAUUGUAAAAGUAUUUGUAAAUUUGAUCUUCAUCAGUACUUAGGUGGACAUACAAACAUACAUACAUGCAUACAUACCUUCUCACACUGACCUCAUGAGUGUAACAACGUUCAUUCAUUCACUCAUUCAUCUUGAACCAUGAUUCCUUACCAGAUUAUAUAUAAAAUAAGAAAACAGAUCAUCUGUUUUUGAUGUCCAUUAUGACAUUACCCCUUAAUUGUGUUCACUGAUGUCUUUAUGUUGUAUGCCAAGAGAGCAAGCUAUGAUGUGACACAUUCUAUAAUCAUAGUGAAUACCCGCUCUUUCUGUACAAUUCACUUUGAUCAUUAAAAAUGUGUGAUCCCCAAACAA